AUGAGCCUUUGUCGCGAUCUCAGAUCAAAGGGCAUCCCAUCAAUCUCUCUCCUCUUCAUCAUUUGCCACAACCAGGCAGAUACUCUACAAAACACCAAGGACCCGUACAGUCUUCGACUAGGAGCAUUCACAUCUCUGUUCGACAUUAAUCGUGGUGCUGCUGCAGGUAACCACGACUCUGUUAACACAUGGAAGGUCACUGGCGACCUCUGGGAGCGCUACCUCAAGCUCAUCGACGAUGGAAUCUCUGAUGGUGAUGCGAUGGACCAACUUGGCUGCAAACGUUACUGCUGCCGUCGCAUGAUCAUGACGCACGUCGACCUGAUUGAGAAGCUUCUCAAGUACACCCCCGAUGGCCGUUACGACAAGAAGAUCGAGAUCAAGGCUCACCAGUGA